GAGAGAGAAGGAGGGAGGGAAAAAGAGAGAGAAAGAAACAGAGCAGGGUCUGUUGACCACAGAGGCUGGUUGAUCUUUCCUCUGUCGUUCAUCCAUGGCCAAACGGCGCUGACUUCCUCUAUUCGCUCUUACCAAAGGGACAGAAAGACGGAAGGAGAAAAAAGAAAAACGGAAACGGUUUCAUAGUGGCUUCCGGGAACGCAGGGGUGAGCUGAAGCCCUGGAGAUCUUUCUGCUGGAUGGGCAAGUACUGACAAAACAAGGCGAGGGAGGGACACUGAAGAGACACGGACGCCUACAGAUCUAAGAUUCCUUCUUUUUCCAGAGAACUUCCUUCUUAUUCGACGUUUAAAUCCCAUGCUCUUCUUCGAAACUGACGCAAGAGUGUACGUGGAAGCGAGAAGAUCCAAGCCUGGGUUUCCCAACCCCAACAGGACAGAAAGGGUGUGUGCAUUUGUAUGUGAGAGAGAUAGAGGGGACUUCCUUGAACUUUGAUCCUUCAUAGGGAGGGCUGAAAGAGAACUCUGUUUAUCAUUAGCAGGCUUUGUCUCUUUCCCUUCUGGUAGCUUCGAAUGGGAAGAUUCAUUGAAACCGGGUUGUUGUCGUAGUUCUGGACAAACAUGUGUACUUUAUUUGGGGAGGCAUUACUCUAGCGAUUGAUGAACAAGAAUUAAUUUCUGGUUUAUAUAUAUUUAUAUAUUUGUUUUGACUGUGUUCUUUGAAAAUAGUAGGAACAGAGUUGGCUAGCUCUGCAAAACAUACAGCAAGAACAGGUUUGACUUGUUAGUGACCUGUGGGCAGGGCAACUGUCUCAUGCAUGGCUCCUAAAGCAACACAAGGGUUUUAUCGCUUUCUAGCUGACAUGAGGUAUUUCGGUUCUUCUUAAGAGGCGCUGUACUUUUGCCCCAGUUUCGGAGUCGCGGGGCUGUACAUGUUUAUGUGUAAUUUAUAGUUUCCUGUAAAAGAGGCAGGCUGUAGCUAUGUUACACACGCUUGACUGAACUCUGAACCACUUGGUGAAGCAGAUGUUCUUCAAGAGCCCUGGAGGAUUACUUCUAACUUAAACUGAGUUUUAAGAUCACUAUAAGGCCUAUUUUUGAAAGGGCCCCUCAGAUUCAGGCCGUGUGAACGUUUGAGGACCUCGCGUCACUGUUUACUUUUUUCUUUCACACUCGAGAAGCUUGAGGUUAAUGUCUGCCGUGUGAACUCUCUCUCUCUCACACACACACACACACGAUCUCAGGCAAGUCUGAAUACUCACUGCUUGUAGAGGAUUUCAUUUAAAAAAAAAAAAGCCCUGGUGGUGCACACAGCGAUGGCCAUGGUGGGUGGGGGAUGGGGCAACCCUAAUGGGAGCACCAAUGGCCUGGGGGAGAAGGGCUACCUGCGGGGGGAGGAGGAUGAGAGCUCUCCCCAGGCAGGGAACAGCGAUGCCGAGGGUGGAGAGGAUGACAAGGCCUGCGUGGUGGACUGCGUGGUGUGCGGCGACAAGUCCAGCGGGAAGCACUACGGCGUCUUCACCUGCGAGGGCUGCAAGAGCUUCUUCAAGAGGAGCAUCCGUCGCAACCUCAGCUACACAUGCAGAUCAAAUCGAGAAUGUCAGAUUGAUCAACAUCAUCGUAACCAGUGUCAAUACUGCCGUCUGAAAAAAUGCUUUCGUGUGGGUAUGAGAAAGGAAGCAGUCCAGCGUGGACGCAUUCCUCCAUCACACUCAGGUAUCAGUCCAACUUCCAUGGUCUCAGCUGGUGGAGGUGGGCCAGGAGGACCAGGCAUGGCCAGUGACUUUUUCAAUGGCCAGCCGGCGCCUGAGCUUAUCUCACAGCUCCUGAGAGCUGAACCUUACCCCAGCAGCCGCUACGGAGCUCAGUGUGGUCAACAGUUACCUGGAGGCCACGGCUCCGUCAUGGGCAUUGAUAGUAUUUGUGAGUUGGCUGCCCGACUACUCUUCAGCACCAUUGAGUGGGCCCGGAACAUUCCCUUCUUUCCUGACUUACCUGUCUCGGAGCAAGUGGCCCUGCUGCGCCUCAGCUGGAGUGAACUGUUCAUCCUCAAUGCAGCACAGUCAGCCCUGCCUCUACACAUGGCCCCUCUGCUGGCUGCUGCUGGCUUCCACGCUUCUCCCAUGUCUGCUGAGCGUGUGGUCUCCUUCAUGGACCAGGUGCGAGUCUUCCAAGACCAGGUGGAUAAGCUCACACGACUACAGGUUGAUUCUGCUGAAUACAGCUGCCUCAAAGCCAUAGCCCUCUUUUCACCAGAUGCAUGUGGACUGACAGACCCAGCCCAUGUGGAGAGUCUGCAGGAGAAGGCUCAGGUGGCUCUGACUGAAUACGAACGCAUGCAGUAUCCGACUCAACCACAGCGCUUCGGUCGCCUCCUUCUCCGCCUGCCCUCACUGAGAGCUGUCCCCGCAAACCUCAUAUCUCAGCUCUUUUUCAUGCGGCUGGUGGGCAAGACGCCCAUCGAGACACUCAUUCGUGACAUGCAGCUCUCUGGCAGCUCUAUUAGCUGGCCUUACGUGCCUGGACAGUAGCUGGGUCAGACACCUUGUGAGCAGACAACAGUCAGCCACUCAAACUUUGACUUUGAUGUUCUGUGUGGGCUUAUAGGAUUGUGAUAUGUAAUUUCCUUUUAGUUGCUGCAAGAAUAUUCAUGUUGUGUUGCAGCAUCUCAUUGCUCAUUAGUGUACAUGGACAAGGAUGGCCAAAGGUCAAUACGCUGUCACAUGUCCUUGGGCAGACGAAUAGUGUCACUUGAUUUUGGGAUACCUCAGGUUUUUUACGUAAAUAGCAGAACUUAUAGAGGUGACUCUAUUGUAAAUGCAUAAGCACAGUGACAGAUCAUUGACAAGAAACUAUGACUAGUAAAGGAAAAUACAAUCCAUUUAAGGCAUUGCAUUCAGAGGUGAACAUCUCAACGCUGUGAUAUAUGACUGAUCCAGGUCCAGCUUUAACCAAUUACAGGAACGUUCCUGCUAUACCUAAGAAUAAUUACUAUUUCAAUUAUAACAAUUGAUUAUGUAGUUUAGAAAAAUUAACCUACUCAUGAAGGUAUUGCCAUGGACUGCAGUGCUACUUACUUGAGAAAUCAGUAGUGAUUAUGUAUUGUAAAAUGUGAUGGUCACAUUGUUUAAAAGAGCUCUGUGUACUCUUACUUAAUUGGGUCCAAAAAAUUUUCAUACCGUUGGCCAUGAAAAAUAUCCAAUAUUUUUGCAUACAAAUAAUUAAAGCAUUCAUCCAAACACUUUGAAUAUUUUGUGCUGAAAUUGUGACUAAACUGGAAUUUAUUCUUUGAUCUCUGGAUUUCAGGAAAACCACAUUUGUCAUUUUGUACUGAGGGAAAUAUGGUUUUCUUUUAUAGUCAGAGUGCUUCUUCAAGCACAUAUGAUGUAUGUUUUAAAGUUAAAAUUGAAUGGCUUAUCAGUAAACAGACACUUGAGAUACAGUAUUUUAUUUUUCAGUCCAUUGAUUUGACGUAUAUAUUCAUAAAAAAGUGAUGAGCUUUUAAUAUUUAUCAUCCAUCCAUUAUCUGUAGCCACUUAUCCUGUACAGGGUCACGGGCAAGCUGGAGCCUAUCCCAGCUGACUAUGGGUGAGAGGCGGGGUACACCCUGGACAAGUCACCAGAUCAUCGCAGGGAUGAUACAUAGGCUACGUUUACAUUAGACCGUAUCUGUCUCGUUUUCUUCGCGGAUGCACUGUCCGUUUACAUUAAACCGCCUGGAAACGGGAAUCCGCCAGCGUCCACGUAUUCAAUCCAGAUCGUGUCAGCUCCGGUGCUGUGUAAACAUUGAGAAUACGCGGAUACGCUGUGCUGAGCUCUAGCUGGCGUCUCAUUGGACAACGUCACUGUGACAUCCACCUUCCUGAUUCGCUGGCGUUGGUCAUGUGACGCGACUGCUGAAAAACGGCGCGGACUUCCGCCUUGUAUCACCUUUCAUUAAAGAGUAUAAAAGUAUGAAAAUACUGCAAAUACUGAUGCAAAUACUGAUGCAAAUACUGCCCAUUGUGUAGUUAUGAUUGUCUUUAGGCUUGCCAUCCUUCCACUUGCAAGUAGUAAGUGAUAUGCGCUGGGAUCACACACACAGCGGCUCAGUCCCGAAUUGUGGCUUGUGCACUUCACUCGCGCGCUCUGUGAGCUGCGCAGGGCCGGAGUGCGCACCCUCCAGAGGGCACUCACUGUUCAGGGCGGAGUGAUUUGGAGCGCAGGAUGCCUGCGGAGCCGAGCGUAUCCGUGUAUUGGCGUUGCUGUGUGCACGCAAAUUGUGUAUUGGUGUUGCUGUGUGCACACUAAUCGUUUUAAAAACGUUAAUCUGAUGAUCCGCUGAUACGGUCUAAUGUAAACAUGGGCAUAGAGACAAGGAACCAUUCACACUCACAUUCACACCUACGGUCAAUUAGAGCCACCAGUUAACCUAACCUGCAUGUCUUUGGACUGUGGGGGAAACCGGAGCACCCGAAGGAAACCCAUGCAGACACGGGGAGAACAUGCAAGCUUCACACAGAAAGGCCCUCAUCGGCUGCUGGGCUCGAACCCAGGACCUGUGAGGCAACAGUGCUAACUGCUACACCACUGUGCUGCCCCAUAUUUAUCAUCAAUAUGUAAAAAAUUAAAAAGAAAAAAAUAUAUAUAUAUCUCAUCUCAUGGAAUAACUGCUUUAUUCUAUCCAUAUUCACUGGAUUUUGAGAAACAGAGCAUUUUUAUCUUUCUAGCAAAUUUGAUAAAUAAAAACUAUACAAAACGUCCAACAAAAUCAUUUGCGCUUAGAAUGUAAACAAACCAAGGAAAUGACAACAGGAAUUUGUGAAAAAUGUUAUAAUAAUAAUUCUUGAAAAAUAAAAAGAUAUGCUCUUACCAUCAAA